AUAAUCAACAUAAAUUCAACUAAAUGCAUCCAUUGUAUGUAUGGCGUUUAAGAAACAACAAACAAACAAAUAAAUAAACGAACAAAAAAUCUAACAUUAUAAGGUAUGCGAAUAUGACAGGGAGAUAAUUUUGAUUGUUUAGCGCGUUGUCAAGAAGGUUGCGUCACAUUGUAACAAGUGGUUACAGGAACCAGUUUACUAAUUAAAUGCCGGCGUUUCGCCGCAUUGAAGCAAUAAUUUAGCGCGUAGUCGCUGUGACUGGACUCCCGUGUUAACUGAUAUCAAGUCUUCGGACAUGCUGGUGAUCGUUCAACCAGAAUGAAAUUCUUACAGCCGCGUAACCGGAACCAGUAUACAAGUCGUUAAACUGGUUCCCUAUCGAUGAUUUAGUCAGAUCCUUGUCUAUCUAUUUCCUGGAAUGUUGUAAUAUUAUAUGUAUAGAAAGAUGCAGAACAUUUUAUUAAACCUCCAAAAGAAACAACGAAAAACAAAUGGAGCGUUAUCAGAAAUAACGAAGGACAUUUUCUUAUCUGGGAUUGGUGGAAUUACGUCUGAAAAUUUACAAACGGCAAACAUCUCUCAUGUUCUUAAUAUGGCAACGGAGCUCAGCGAUUUUAUUUACCCACACCCCAACUUACACAUUCACAAGUUCAGACUGCGAGACAGCAUGGACGAGGAUAUAUUCUCCGUUUUAGAAGAGUGUGUUCGAUUGAUUGACAGUAUAGUGAAAAGUGGCGGGCGGAUCCUAGUCCACUGUGUGGCUGGAGUCAGUAGAUCCGCCACUGUUUGCAUAGCUUACUUGAUAAAGAUUGAGCACAUGUCUCUCAGGGAAGCACACCAACAUGUGUUGGAAUGCAGAGACGUAGUAUUUCCGAAUAAGGGGUUUUGGCGGGCUUUGAUUCAAUAUGAGGAGAGUGUUCGAGGUGUGAACUCGGUCGAAAUGAGGCCAUACAUAUCUGGAAUGGACCCCGACGUCUAUUUUCAAUCUUGGAUAAGACCUAGAAUUUUGAAUGGCUGGCUGGACGAGUUGUACAUGUUCUGGAGUUUUAACGUCGCAGUGUUCAUUUUUCAAAUGUUGGGGCUCGUUUUUCUUAAUACUAUACCGAUGUAGUAGACAGGUUUCUUAAUAUAUACUAAGGCUGACACGAUUCACCGAAAUAUCGAUACUGUUCAAUAUAUAAACGUUCGAUUCAAUGCUCGAUUCAAUGCCUUGAUCUUGGGUUCGAUACGUUUUGUAAAAUCGGGUUUGGUAAAAUACUUUGGGCUUGAUUUGUACUUAUUAUAUAGUUUUUUGGUGUUUUUUUUUACAUGCAUGAGGGACAGAAUGGUGCCUGAUAAUGGCCAGGCUGUUGUUGGCCUCGAGUCUGACAAAAACAAUAAUGAACUUAUCAGUUUUAAACUACAGAGACAACGGGCAGUUUAACGUUCGGAGGUUUUGGAAAUAGCUUACUUUUGAAAUUGUCACUGAGUCGUCGUAAUUAAAUGUUUCUUCUAUAAUAUGUAUUGUAUUGAAAAUAUUGAAUCGUGGCAUAAGUAUUGCAAUGUGUAUGGUAUCGUGAAGGGGGCGUAUCAUUUCAGCCCUAUUAUAUACCAAUGUGGUUCAGGUAAACAGGUUUCUUAAUACUAUACCGAUAAUAAUAUAGUAAAAGUUCAAAUGAAGAGCCAUGCCUCCUUCAAAGGGGAGACCACUGGGCUAGAAGAGCUGACAUUUACCGGAAAGCUUUCUGACAUAGUGCUGAUUCACUUUUGUUCAAAUCAUGACCACUGGGUGUAGGAUGGGACCACAAUAGGGGAUCAAAGUUUUACAUACAUGGACUAUGUCGAGAAAAUCUUUAAAAAUCUUCUCAAAAACCACUGGGCCAAAAAAACCUGAAAUACAUGAAAUCGUCCUGACAUAGUACAGAUUCAAGUUUAUUCAAAUCAUUACCCCUGGGGAUAGGAUGGGGCCACAAUAGGGGAUCAAAGUUUUACAUACAAAUAUUUAGAGAAAAUCUUUUAAAAUCUUCGUCUCAAGAACCACUCGGCCAGGGAAGUAGAAUUUACAUGAAAGUUUCCUGACAUAGUGCAGAUUCAAGUUUGUUCAAAUCAUGGCCCCGGGGGGUAGGGUGGGUCCACAAUAGGGGAUCAAAAUUUUACAUACAAAUAUAUAGGAAAAAUCUUUAAAAAUCUUCUUCUCUAGAACCACUGGGCUAGGAAAGUACAAAUUUACAUGAAAGCUUCCUGACAUAGUGUUGAUUCAAGUUUGUUCAAAUCAUGGCCCCCCGGGAAUAGGAUGGGAUCACAAUAGGGGAUCAAAGUUUUACAUACAAGUAUAUAUAGAAAACCUUUUUAAAAAAAAUCUUCUCAAGAACCAGUGGGCCAUAGAAAUUUACAUGAAAGCUUCCUGACAUAAUGCAGAUUCAAGUUUGUAGAAAUCAUGGCCACUGGGAGUAGGUUGGGGCCACAAUAGGGAUCAAAGUUUUACAUGCGAAUAUAUGUGGAAAAUCUUUGAAUAUGGGCCAAGGUGACCCAGGGGAGCGAUGUGGCCCAUGGGCCUCUUGUUUAAUGCUAUACCGAUGUAGUAAACAAAAAUUCAAUAAUUCCCAUGUCAAAUAUGAACUGUUCAUUAUAUAAACUCUAACAAUUCAAUGAUAUUUUUGAAGGAAUGAACUGUUUAUUAUAUAAACUCUAACAAUUCAAUGAUAUUUUUGAAGGAAUGAACUGUUUAUUAUAUAAACUCUAACAAUUCAUUGAUAUCAUUAUAAAGGAAUGACUGCCCAUUGUCCACGUUGUUUGUACAGGUAUAUAAACAAUCUCACACAAUACAAACAAGCUACUAGAUAUUCUGUUCCUUGUAUUGAUAUUUCAUAAUUACACUGUACAUGUAUGACAUGUUUUUAGUUGAAUGUUUAGUGCUUUUAUUUUCUAGGGUUUUUGUUUUUUUGUUGUUUUUUUUUUGAGAAAUUAAUUAUAUUUAAACCGUAUAGAUUAAUGACUGAUAAAACAUUGGUAAACAUACAUGUGAGAUUUAAAAGUACAAAAUGUAAAAUGACGAGACGACAGCAGGGAACACAAUGUAUAUAUAUAUAUAUGUAUGUUUAAUGUGUUCCUUUGUUUCGUUGUAUAGAAUAUAAAAUGUGAAUGUAUCAAUCAAACAUGAUUACCCUAAUUGAUCAUCAUGGGUGUUAUCGAUAUGUAAACCAAAACUAUCAAUUUAUAUGUCGACUGAAUAAUGAUUCAAAUAAACUUAUACCAACGUACAUGUAUUUGCAAAGAAUGUUUUACUAUUUGUGAAAGCACAUUCCAAGCUUGGGAUUUCGUCAUUCAUACCAUCUUUCUAUUCUCAGCGCCUCCUCCGCGCACCUGUCCGACUUUAUAUAAGAAACCCCUCCAAUCAAUGCUUGUUUAAGAUAAAUAACUCGACUGCGAGGCACACAAACAACUAGGUUGGCGCAUACCGGAGCAAGGCCCCUCCCAGGGGAGCGAUUUCCCCUUUCAGCUAAAUUUCACGGUACAGCGAAUAGAGAGCAAAAUAAAUACUUCAUAAUAUUGACCCAGAUCCAUUCGUUCAAAGGAAAAGAGCUGGGGGCUUUGAUAUAUUGAAAUCCGAUUUUCACUUGUUGCGUAUAAUUCCUUCUAAUCUUUCGGUAUACAUGUAGGUAAACUCCCCGUGUCUCACGGCUUGUUUGUUUGGAGAGAGUAUUAAUUAAUUCAGACAGUCGAUCUUGUACGCACGUGAGUGAAAGCGGAACUGGUCUAGUCCGCCUUAGUGGUUUUCUGAGAAUUUAAUAGACGCUGAUUUAUUUUUGGUUGUUGGGAUUAUGACUGUUUAACGGAGAACAUUUUGGCUUUAUAUUUCUUCACCAAGGCCCGGAAUUUUCCGGGUAGAACAUCGUAACAAUGGACCUAGCCAUGUUUUCCCAAAUAGCCCCGAUCACAGACCACCUCUUCCUGAGCAGCGCUGCUGCGGUAAAGUCCGAUAGAAUCCGAAGUUUCGGCAUCACUCAUGUUAUUAACCUGACACUGGAAAUUCCGAACUUGAAUCUUCCCAAUCUGGAAUGCAUUCAAAUUCAUAUCGAGGACGCACCCCAUGCGAGACUGAGCGCAUACUUUGACAGGUGCGCAGACAAAAUCAAUCAUGUGCACAUGCGCGGUGGACGGACUCUGGUCCACUGCGUGGCGGGGGUCAGUCGGUCCGCCACUAUAUGCAUGGCGUAUCUUAUGAAAUACCAGAGGAUGCCUCUUGACCAGGCCUACUAUCACUGUAAGAAGCGGCGGCCAGUUGUGCACCCCAAUGUUGGAUUUUGGCGCCAAUUGAUCGAGUACGAGCGCAGAAUUCUGGGAAGGAAUUCGGUGAAGAUGGUUUCGUCGUCCAUGGGCAUGAUACCAGAGGUAUAUCAAGAAGAGUUCCGUAAUAUGGUGUAUGUCCCGUCAUCCCAUCGCAACCACUACCGCCCGUCACCGGCUCCGUUUCGAUAUUAACUUCCGUUUGAUCAGCUGCAUCGCUGGCUUGCAGUAACAACUGCAUGUACAUGUAUAUGGUUUGGCUUUUAGAGUAACCAGAUAAUGGGAACCAGUUUGAGCUCUUCUCGUGGUUUUUUGCAUUUUGACAUGCGUAUUCAAUAUCGCUUUGUUGUGUUAACUUAUUUUGUGUUUUUGACGCAGAAUCACUUUGCUGACUCUUUAUUUGUUACCUUGUAGACCUUGCCGCGAAAGACAUAUAUAUUUUCUACGAAUGUCUCCUCUACACAAUGUUUUUAUAAAGUAUAAUUAUUUAGUGUAACUAUCAUAUAAUUUUCUUGUGUUGUAUACAUAGGUUGUGAUUUAUGAUUAUUUAUUUUUCAAAUAUCUAACUUGUAUUUCGACAUGAAUUCCUCAUGUUUUUGCCAAGUUCGAACUUCCCGUGGCCUGUUGUUUUAGUGUUUGCCUCAGUCUUGCAGUUUACAUGAUUGAUUGAUUGACUGAUUGAUUGUUUGGGGGUUAACACAGUUCUGGCAAUAUUUCGACCACUUUACGGCAGUGCAGUUUACACGUGUUACAUUAAAGUCAAUAAUUGUUAUUACAAAGUUGAUAUAUUUAUUUACAUUGUUAAUUUUAAAAAUGAAUUUGAUUUAUUUUUAUCGUUAUGUAUAUUUGUAUCGUUGUUUAAAGAGUCAAAUGCUGUAUGUGCAGUUUACCAUACAACAUUACGAUAGUCAGUAGGGCCAAAUUAUAUCACGUGACGAUAGCCAGUAAGGUCAAACUACAUCACCUGACGUGACACUGUACAUAAGGAUAGGUUAAACUAUGUCACGUGACGUGACACUGUAUAUAUUUAUAACGAUAGCCAGUAGGGCCAAAGUAAAUCACAUGACGAUAGUCAGUGAGGCUAAAAUACAUCACGUGACGUGACACUAUGUAUUGAUGACGAUAGUCAGUAGGGCUGAAAUACGUGACACUAUAUAUAUUGAUGACGAUAGCCAGGGGGGCUAAACUGUAUCACAUGGCGUGGCACUGUAUAUAUAUAAUUAUGUAGGGUCCAGCGCUAGCAUGUGACACUGCUGUAUAUCGACAACCUGUAGAGCCAAACUUUUAUCACGUGGCGUGACGUUGUUAGAGCCUGUAUAGAGUCAAUCUGUGUCACGUGACUUACUACCGUUACUAUAACGACAGACAACAGGACAAAAGCAUAGUUAUCAGUAUUAUUUUUUUAAAUAUUGUAAAAUUUAAAUAGUAUAGCAUUAAAAAGGGUGUUCUGAAAGUAUUGAGUCAGUUUGUUUUUUGGGGGAAUAUUUCUACAGCAAUUCCCCAUCUCACGAGCCAGUGAGUUGGACAGGGCUGAACUCUAUGGACACGUUUUACAGUAAAGACGGUCUUUAUACUAAAUAAUUCGUUCUCGGACUGAGUGACUCACAAAUUUUACAACCUGUUACUUCAAGAGAAUGAUCCAGUUCUUAGUCUGGAAUGCGUUUAAACUACAGAUAGAGCUUUGCAGUGAACUUGAUCUACAGACAAUUAGAUCGCUUUGGUUGGAAUAUACGAUUUCUCUUCCAUAGUAAAUUCAAACCCAAGCGAUAUAAUUGCCUGUGCAAUAAACAAAGUGAAAUGUAAGCUAGGUAUUUACAAGAAUUAGGUGAGUGGCUUUCUUUAGAUUUUCUGUAUUUUCCAAUCUUUGUUAAAUUGCUUCUCAAAUAAAUUAUUUUCUCUUGCAAAGCUUUACUGUAUACCGUCCAUUGAAUUUUUUUGUUAUGCCCUUCUCUACCUUUUUCAGAAAUUCACUUUAACACCAUUGCACUCCUAACUACUGUUUUCGAUUUUAAAUAAGGAAACUUAGAAUUUAUUGCACUACAUACAUGUACUGAACUGUUAAGUUUGGCGAAUGGUUUCUUUGGAGAAAUUUCUCAUUAUUGUGAUUUGUUUUUAGCAUUACAAGCAAUAAGUAAAAUUGUAGAGAUUGAGUGGUAAGUUAAUUCGUAUAGUUGAAGAUGAAGUUUAGCAAUAUUAGGGAGCUUUAAUUUCGAGAUCGGACGUUAAACGUGCAAAACGGUUGCAGCUGAAACAAAAACAUGAUUUAAGGGAAACAUGGUGUUUUGGUUUAUUAAAUCAAUGUACUAAUUAUAACAGGUAUAUUUGAAUUUUUUUUUUUAAAAAGUUGAAUUUUAAGUGCAAAAAGGUAAAAUCCAUAUUUGCUCUUUGACACUUGCCGCCAUUUUUCUCACCGAUAGUGUAAUUUACUGUCCCAAAACUCCUACUACUAGCCCAAUCACUGGUCGGAGUUCAAUCGCUGUGACCCUCUAUUCACUUGAAUGAUGGCAAUGCCGCCAACAAAUUCAAAGGGAAAUCAACAGACCUCUAGUAAUCGAUAAAAACCUCAGGCAAGUGAGGCAAGUGCCCCUCUAGAUAUUCUUUGCGCUUUUUUUUUAAAUUAAAAAGUGUAUCUUAGUAUUUAGAUUAAUAGUGCAUGUCAUUGUAUUUAAAUUAUACUUUCAAAAUUAGUUCCGAUAUUUGGAAAUAAGUGUUUACAAUCGGAAAAUCUCUUGGCUUUUCCGUCGGAAUGAAAAGACCAGCGAUAUUCUGAUAGCAGGUGCUUGGUCUAUGACGUUGAUUAGAACCCUGGCAGGUUAACAGAGGAAUGGGUAACACCUUCCUUGUAGUAUCUUGUCCGGAUUAUGUUUCCUUAUUCGCCUAAUUAUGCUCAAAUCGAAUACUUUGUGUGCCCAUCUAAUUGGGCAGGAUUUGGUUCUCAAAUGUCAGCUGACCGUAAACUGUAUACAAAUGUGCACGAUUUAUUUUAAGUCCUUUGUAUGUGUGUUUGUAACUGGAUCAUUUCGAACGUUUUGUUAGCAUGCUAUCUAAAUAUAACGAUUGCAUGUGAGCACUAAUUUUCCGCUGUAAUCGUUGUAUGGGUCUACCCACAAAUAUCACGUCAUGAGGAGGUGAUCUGACUACACAGAAACCGCGAAAACAAAAACCAAGCAAAAAUGCUAUCCCCCUUUCACCUGCUCACCGUCAAGAAAUAUUUUGUUUGUUGAUAUAAGCGAUUCUACAGUCGGUGUUGAUGAUAUAAGCGAUUCUACAGUACAUUGUUGAUGAUAUAAGCGAUUCUACAGUGCGUUGUUGAUGAUAUAAGCGAUUCUACAGUGCGUUGUUGAUGAUAUAAGCGAUUCUACAGUGCGUUUGUUGAUAAGAAUUAUUGAUUGAUAUCGAUCAUGAAUACGCGGAUAUGGAGGGGGUUGGAGGGAUAAGGGACCCCUCCCUGGACUUUGUAAAUUCAUUUAAUGCGCGCAAUAACUGAAUUAUUACUCUUUUCAAUUGAAUUAAUGUUAACAUUAUUCAAUUGAUGCGCGCAAUAAUUCUAUUAGAGAGAUCGCACCUGUAUGAUUAGAAAUUUCUUCAAUUCAAUAUACCCACAAUUGAAUUAAUGAUCUCUUAAGUUGAAUUGUUGCUCUCUUAAAAAGUAUUGAUGUAUGCAUUAAUUCCAUAAACAAAAGUGUUGUAGAUAUGAUAGAGUUUAUGUACAUCUGGCACUCCAUAUUUAAGAGGAUUUUUUUCCUCACCAAAGUAACCCAUAUCACGAUUGUUUUUCCAAUCAAUUUCCAGUUAAAUUAUUUUGAAACACGAUUCUUUUUGUCUUGCGUCGCAAGCGGACUAUUUGAACUAUAUAAUUUGGAUCUGUUUUUGUUAUCUGUCAUGGGACUAUAGUACAUAUGUACCUAUAUGUUAAAUUUAAUAAUUAUUCGAAUUUAAUUAUCUUAGAAAAUAGAAAUGGACAUAUUACAUGUACCGGAAAGAUGAAAGUUGAAUUUGAGCAGUGCUUCCCAUAAGGCAAAGCUUUUAUAUUGAGUGAAAGUACAUGCACUUUCCUAUUGUGCAUUGUAAUAUAAUUUAUAAAUCAACUAGUGUUUAUAUUGAUGAUUUUGAAUUUCAGAAUUGAAAAAUAACGCCAUCGGAAGUUACAAAGAGAAGAGAAGCUGAUUAUCUAAAAACCCAUUCACAGGGACCAGGCUCGUAUUUAGGACACACCCAUCUCAAACAUCUAAAGGGUUCCAGCCUCUGUAUGCGAAGCACAAUCACUUGACGUAAUCAAAAUGGGGCAUCCCUCCCCAUAUACCUACAUACACUGUAAAUUCCUAUUUAUACGCGAGGAUUUUAUUAUCGCGUAAUUUCCCCGAGAGCCAUCACUCGCGAAAUAGAAGUAUUCGUUUUCAUUUCUAUAUUGCUAAACUACAUGUAAAGACUCUUGAUCAACAGAGCAAUCGCGAAUUUAUGUUCUAGCGAUUUGACGUGCACAGUUCCUCUCGCGAUAUUAAGUACCCGCGUAAAAUAAGGAAUCCAUAGUGUAUGACUGUAACACCCUAAAGGUACUUAAUAGUAAUUUACCCCUUUGUCAUGCCGAUUCGGUGAUAAGAGUGUUUGGAAAUUCAGAACAAUAUUUUCAAACCUACAACAAUUGACAUGAUAUAUCUGAGAACAAUAUUUUCAAACCCACAACCAUUGACAUGAUAUUAUAUCCGAGUACAAUAUUUUCAAAUUCGAUGAUUGCAAGGAUACUAUAUAAGAUUGAUUCAGCUUAGAAGUGUAUCGUGAGUACGUGCACUGUCCCUGUGAACCCAAAAAUACAUAUUAACAGCCCAAUGCACACACAAAUUAUGUGUAUGUUCGGAUGCCCAAAAGUCGGUAUAUUCUUUCCCGCUGUAUAUAAAAAAGAAUUGUUAACCCAAGAUAUAAAAGCCCUGUAUAUUAAGCUGUACGGAUAGAUCCCAUUUUGUAUUUUGUCAGAAUUGCAUGUGUCAAUUCAAUCUUGUUUUAAUUUUACGGGUCGCUAUUUAAAAUUGAUGUUACUAUUUUUGUUUGCCUUUCCAAAAAUAUAUAUUAAAAAUGAAACUAAA